AUGGACGAUAUCAUCAGUUUGGAUUUAUCAGAGGAGCCUUCACUUUGUUUCAGUUCAUUUAACACCUCGUGUUUGAAGAUUGAUUAUCCUGUGCAAGUCCGGGUUUUGCUCUACAUCCUCUUUAGCACUUCUUCUCUUCUCACUGUAUUUGGAAACCUGCUUGUGAUUAUAACUGUUGUACAUUUCAGACAAUUACGCACAUCAACUAAUUACCUCAUUCUCUCUCUGGCUGUUUCUGAUCUGCUUGUAGGAGGAAUAGUGAUGCCUCCCAGCAUGAUACGCUCUGUGGAAACCUGCUGGUAUUUAGGAAACACCUUUUACCGAUAUUAUGCUGUGUGUCAUCCGCUUCUGUAUCACAGUAAAAUUACUCCUAAUACUGUUAGAUUAAUGAUCAUAGUGUGUUGGGGCUUUUCUGCAGCACUCGGGUUUGGGAUGAUAUUUCUGGAGCUCAAUAUUCUUGGAAAUGAAGAGUUUUAUUACAAUAACUUCCUUUGUGAAGGUGCAUGCAUGAUUUUUCAAGCUAAAGCCGCAGCUGUGGUGUUUCCUAUGUUCUGCUUUUACAUCCCUGCAGUAAUCAUGCUCUGUGUGUAUGGGAAAAUCUUUCGCACUGCACGAAGACAAGCUCAUGCAAUUCAAUCCACAAAUGCACAGAUGAAGACAGCUGAGGGAAAAGCCAGUGUGAGCAAGUCAGAAAAGAAGGCCACAAAAACAUUAGCCAUAAUCAUGGGAGUUUUCCUGAUUUCAUGGUUGCCAUUUUUUAUCUGUAAUUGCUUAGAUCCAUUUACAGGAUAUUCAGUUCCUUCAGUUGUGUAUGAUGUAUUACUCUGGGUGUCAUAUUUCAAUUCAGCAUGCAAUCCGAUAGUGUAUGCAUUUUUCUACAGCUGGUUCAGACAUGCAUUUAAAGUCAUUUUGUCUGGUGAAGUAUUCCUGGCUUCUUCUUCACACACCAUUUUUUUACAAUUGCUUGUUUUAAAUGAAACUUUUUGUUUGGCUAAUUAUCAUUUUCACAGGUGA